UCAAGUAACCUGACAUGGUCAGCUUUAAAUAAGUAAUGACACGAUUGCAAGUUUGGUGAUUCAUUCCAUAGUCGUGGAAUACUAUAAUCAUACUUAGUUCUUCGCUAUGUUAUCAUGAAUGAACAUUUAGUUUGUGUUGUGACUCUGAGCAGUGCGAAUCGAUCCACAAACAGGGUCAUUAUUAUGUAAACAUGUUAGUUUUACUACUUCUUUGUGGAUUUAACGUGAUAGUGAGUGCCAGUGAUGUGUUUCAUGUGAACAGUAAAAUAACUUUUUAUCCGGACGAUGUGUCGGAGUAUUUUGGGUAUUCUGUGCUUUUGAGCGAUUUGGGCCUCAAUGUCGGCGCUCCCAAGGCGCAGAGUAGAGUGUCAAGGAAGUCGUAUCCUGGACUAGUGUUCACAUGUCCGUUGAGAGAUCUGGACAGGGAUAAUGUCACCUGCAGGCCACUAGCGAAAAGUCGGAGAAUUUCCUUGGCCGAUGACUUCUAUAAGGAUGACAUGUGGUAUGGGGCAACUAUGGCAGCGAUUCCUAAUGGAAGACUAUUGGUGUGUUCCCCGAGAAUCACUAAGCCAUACCAGUCGAAGCACUUGCUGGCCAACGGCGCUUGUUCUGUGCACGGUCAUGACCAUGAAGUAAGACUGCUGCCCCUCGAAGAUCCAGCCAGCCAAGCUCGCCGAACCGAUGGGACCAGGAAAGAGUACGGUGAAUAUGGUUCCCAUCUCAACUACUACGCGUACGGACAAGCCGGCAUGGCCGUGACCUACACCAAGGAGAACAAGAUUGUCAUCGGGGCACCCGGAGUCUUGCAGUGGACUGGUACACUGGUAGACUACCAGCACAACCCGGCCUCGUUUACAUUUGAUUUGCUACCGUCGACCAAUCCAUACUAUACAAAGGAUUUGGGCCCGGACGACUACUUUGGCUACAGCGUAGGAUCAGGCGUUUUUCAAAAGAAUGGUUCGACUUUGUAUGUCGCCGGAGCACCACGAUCCAAGCGAGGGUAUGGGCAGGUCCUUGUAGUAGAACAAGCAGUAAGAGAAGACGAACCGCUGAAGAUCAAAGCCCAGCUCAUAGGUCCACAGCUGGGCUCAUACUUCGGGGCUAGCCUGUGCACUUUAGACCUGGAUAAUGAUGGGCUGACAGAUCUGCUGGUUGGAGCUCCUAACUACGCCUUGAGAUCUGACGGAGAACUGACAUACGAUCAGGGAGCAGUAUAUGUUUAUAUCACAAAGCAGACGAACAAAGGGUUCGUUUUAGAAGAAUCGGGAGUUUUAAGAGGAUCUGGAAAUAUAGGAGCUAGAUUUGGAACCUCUAUCGCUGAUCUAGGAGAUAUCAACGGCGAUGGAUUCACUGAUGUAGCCAUCGGAGCUCCAUGGGAGAACAAUGGUGCUGGUGUUGUUUAUAUAUACAGAGGUAGUGACAAAGGCUUGAUUCCUCAAUAUAUCCAAAGGAUCCAUGCUGAAGGUGCCAAAAGUUUUGGCAUGUCUAUCUCUAAGGGUUACGAUGUAGACAAAAAUAAAUGCAAUGAUUUAGCAAUUGGAGCACACAAAAGUAGCACUACCUACCUAUAUCGGAGUGUUCCUACAAUACAAGUGCUGUCUUCAAUAAAAGUACCAGACGCGAAAAACAUAAGGAAAGACGCUAGCAAUUUUACGGCGCUUUUCUGCGUUACUGUCCCACCGAAUAAAUCUUUGCCAAAUGCUAAAAUAGAACUCAAUGCCAGGGUGACUGUAGAUCCAGAGAGAAACAGGGCAAGGACCAUGGGUGAACCAGAAUACAUUGUUACAGCUGAAUCAGGAGUAGAUACUUGCGAUGAGCAUAUUAUCAAAGUGAAUGAUGAGGCAGAUUUAUCCAAACCAAUAUCACUGUCUUUUGAUCUGACACCAGUUAUCCAUCUAGAUUCCUUACCAAUUUUUCCGGUGGGCAGCGCUCGCCUGUCAGAGGAGUCUAUCCUUCAGUCUUCAUUUCUGAUUCAAAUGCUCAGUGACUGCGGGGAAGACCUCAUCUGCACACCCUGGUUGGUGAUGAAAAUGGAACCUUUGAAGAAAAACUAUAUUCCAGGAGACGGCAAUGAACCCGGGGUAAAGAUCUUCGUGACCAACUUGGAGGAGCCUGCGUACAGUGUCAAACUCCACGUGGUCCUCCCAAGUCUUCCAAAAAGACUUCCAGAAUCGUGCUCCCUCCAAAAAUUGGAGCUCAAAUGCGACCUGCCAGCUCCUUUGAACAGGAACAAAACGGCGGAGUGGGAGAUAGUUCUGGAGUACACCUGGGACGGUUCCGCUACUCAGCUGAUGUUAGCAGCCGACCUGGUAGACCCACUGUACAUGAGAAACGUCAGCACAGGGUCUAAGGAGCUGAUCAUACCGAUAACACCUGAGAGCUAUUACAAUUUCAGCGGAAAAUCCCAACCCCAGGCCAACGUGUCUGUCACAAGAGAAACAUUUGAUAAGAAAGGAGAUGUUUUGUUUACACACUUUUACGAGAUCGCCAACUACGGCCCAUCAGACCUGUAUAACUUGAAAGUGGAUUUUUUACUAUCGGAUGGUGUAUGCCCAGCAAGCUCCAUAGAAGGGUCGAGCUUUCAUGAAAAUAAGCUCUCGUUCGUUGCCGUAAAGCUCGAAGCUAAUUCAACCACGGGUUACAUUUUACCCCUGCGAUUUAACCAUUCACAGAGCGGUGACAAGCUGAAUGACGAAGAGACAUUGAAUGUGACGUCUAAGAUGUUCAUUUAUGUUCAAAAUGGAAAAACAAAAGAAAACUGGACAAUGGAAGUGACCACUACAUUAUUACUGGAACCCAAGACUCCAAUUUGGCCUCUGAUUGUGGGCCUGGUGGCUGGUCUCUUAGUUCUAGCUGCCAUCAUAGCUGCUUUGUAUAAGUUCGGGUUCUUCUCUCGCCAAAAGAAGGAAGACUUGAAACAGCUGAUUGAAAACCAAGCAUCACAAGAAGACCCGGGGAACUCGUCCAACCCUUCAACAGUCGAUACCGACAGCACUACUAGAGAACUGUUAGACAUUACAGAGUAGACUAUCCAGAAGACCUGGGUAUCUUAACUUCUAUGCCCCUGUGGGUUCUUCUUCGCUCUAUCAAAAAUUUCGCGACCAAUUUAUCACAAAUGCGAUUAUUAUAUACUAUCUUGAGCUGAAAUGAAGAUUAAAAAAAAAUAUCAAAAAGUUUCGUGAAUGUGGUAAUUUAUUAAGUUAAAUAAACUAGUCGAUUAAGAGUCAAUAGGACUUUCAUCUUAUGAAACCAAAAAAUAAAAGA